CAGGGACGGCGACCGAGCUGGCUCCCAAGGAAUGCGCCCCCUCCACCUCCGGCCGCCCAGCCAGCGCGCCGUCCCCCGGGGACCCCUCGGCACCUGCGGCCUCCGAAACCAUGUCGGGCAGGUCGGUUCGAGCCGAGACCAGGAGCCGGGCCAAAGAUGAUAUCAAGAGGGUCAUGGCGGCUAUCGAGAAAGUGCGCAAAUGGGAGAAGAAAUGGGUGACUGUUGGUGACACUUCUCUACGAAUCUAUAAGUGGGUCCCUGUGACAGAGCCAAAGGUUGAUGAUAAAAACAAGAAUAAGAAAAAAGGCAAAGAUGAGAAGUGUGGCUCCGAGGUGACCACUCCAGAAAACAGCUCCUCCCCAGGGAUGAUGGACAUGCAUGAUGACAACAGCAAUCAGAGCUCUAUAGCUGACGCCUCCCCGAUCAAGCAGGAGAACAGCAGCAAUUCAAGCCCUGCCCCGGAGCCCAACUCUGCUGUGCCGGGUGAUGGUGCUGAAGCCAAGGCAGACGAGGCCCAGGCAGAUGGGAAGGGGCACCCUGGGGCUGAAGAUGCUUCUGAUGAGCAGAAUUCACAGUCUUCGAUGGAACACUCGAUGAACAGUACAGAGAAAGUAGAACGGCAGCUAUCUGGAGAUUCGGGUUUAGCAGCAGAGACGUCAGCAAUCUCUCAGGAUUUGGAAGGAGUGCCGCCCUCUAAAAAGAUGAAACUGGAGGCCUCUCAACAAAACUCCGAAGAAAUGUAGAAAUAAGUGAAACCCUCCAAUCCAUGUUUCAUGGAAGGUACAUCAGCAGUUAAUUCUAGAACAACUUUGCCCAAGCAACUCCUCUUGGGUACGAACAGAACUACUAAUGUUUCAAGUUUACCAAGUGCAAAUCCAAGAAAACCUAGAAUGGCGUAACUUCUCAGACACUGAAGAACUCUGCUGUGAAGCAAAACACUCGAACCUUUAAGCGACUGUCCUUGGGGAGGCGGGUCGGCAGCUCAGGAGUGUCUGCACACUGUCUCGGAAGCCAAGAUUACAUUUGUGUUGCUGCUGUAUUUUUUUUUCCACUUCUCUAUUUAACGAUAUAAGCUAUGCGAGGGUGGUACUGAUCAGGAAUUCGCUUUUCAUCGGGGCUUUCACACUGUUCAACCGAUUCUUUCUGCUUUCUUUUUUGUGCCUUGUGCCCUUGAGGUGACCUCUGGCAUGUUUCCUGGUUGUUUUUGCAUCUUCUUUUGCAAAGUGCCCUCUUGGUUUGUUGGGGCAGCGGCUGCCACCACGCUCACCUCUCUCCUCCAUGCCCCAGGACUUUUAUCAGAGCAGGCAGGGCAGAGAUGGGAGCUCCUCAGCCCACCUGAUUUCCAGGUACAGGGGCUCAGGCCCUCCCAAGCCCUAGAUGGGGUCUGCACCAGCCUCCAAGGCCCGAGGAGUUGCAGGUGUGGGGCAUGGUCCCCAAGGGUGGCCUCUUCGGUCCAGGCUGGGCGCUUGCUAUGCCCUUACUUCCUCUGGGCCUUUGAGACUGGUUGUUUCCAAGGCUACAGUGGCCUAGAUGGACAUGCAAAGCCCUUAGAUUUUUCUGGCACUUCCAGUCUUGUUGCCCCCACCCCCAUCUCUACCGGCUUCUCCCAGACCUCCGAAGAUGAAAUGGCUUCUCUGGCUGACUGCAAGACGCUAACAGGGCCAGGGAGGCUGGAAGCAGGAGGUAGGAAUAGCUGGUGCUGAACUUUUCGCUCAUAGGACGUUGCUUGGAUUUCAAAUCCAUGUUGCUUCCCUCUGCCUCCCCCUGUGCCCUGGCCUGUGCCUUGGAGAGGCAAGAUUGCAGCUGAUCAAAAUCUGCUUGCUUCUGUAUAACGUUCUGACUCUCGGAGCCAAUAGUCCUACCAUGUCUCAUACCAGAACGUGCUGUUGGUCCCCACAGGGGGAGCAGGCCUUGAUGGUUGGGCCUCAAAGGCCAGAAACAAGGCACCAAGGAAUUAGAAAGAUUUGCACACCCUCCUGGAAGGAGAGACGGACUCUCCCCAUCAACCCCAACUGCGCUGGGACCACUUCCUCUCACUAAACCAAGAUGCCCCCUUGGACGAACUGCCUAAUCAUUUGGUUCUGAGACCCAGAUGGCUCUCUCAGUACAUGGGCUUCUCAGACCUUCAACCCUUUCCCGAGCUUUCUUUACUGCACUGGAGUUCUGACUCCCUUUGAGUUGUGUGUUACGGGGGUGGGGGGGAUUGCGGGUUUUGUUGUGGUUUUUUGUUUUGUUUUGUUUUAUUUGGCUAAUUGGUGCAUAUUCAGGUGCCACCUCUGACGUGUGGGUCUUUCUCCUGACCACCAUGGGAAAUGUCUGCCAGAUUCCAUUUUCUAAGCAUUUCUGAGGGUGAGGCUCUUACUUUUUUUUUUUUUUUUUAAAGGGAGCCUAUCUAUUUCCUGCACUUCAAGAAAAAUCAAAAUGUUCCUGAAUUUCAAAUACCUCAUGCAAAAUGUCUCCUGAAAUAAGGGAAAAAAAAAGAAAGAAACUUUGAAAAUCUUAAUGUUGAAGUUAGCAAUGCUGAAAGGUCUCUGUCUUAAAAAAAAAAAAAAUCCUGUACUUAACCAGUUUUGCCCCUCAGGCAGUUUUGUUGGGAACUGUGUUCUGCGACUGCCGCAGAAGCAACCAGAUGCGUUACCUCUCAGCGCAUCUCCUGGAGCUUUACCUCCAGAUCCUGUAGAGUUAGAGUAAUGAUUUUCUUUGCAGCAAAACUCCAUUUUGAUGAAAGAUGAAUUUGGAUAUCUGUGUCCUUUUCUUUUUUGGGAAAUGAGAAGUUACAACCAAGACAGCUGAAGGAGAAUCAAACACAUGCAUCCACAGAGACGGAAGGGCGAGGGCCACCUGUGCCACGUGUGUGCGGUGGCCUCUUUGGACAGGCAAGGGGAGUUGACGUGAUUGAGGAUGAAGAUGAUGCCCACAGUACUGAGGCUGUCACUAGUUUUUCUCUGAAGUGCCUGAAGGUAGGAAUGGGCCAGCGGCUGGGACCACCUGGGCCCUGCCAUGGCCACGCCAGGCAAAGCGCCAACAGCCCUGCACUCCACGCUGGCCAAGAGGGCCUUCCACGCGGGACAAUGAGACUGCGAAAUCCGAUGUGCUUCCUUCCCUGAUGCGGUCCGUGCCUCGGAGCCACCGCCCCCCACCCGCCCUGCACCCCUUGCCCUACCCCACCACAGAAUCUAAGACCUUUCGGCUGCCAGCCAGGGCCGGGGGAUCCUAGGUGAAAGCCUUCCAGGGACAUCAGGCCCCAUGGCCUAAAGGGCUCCCAGGGCAAACUCAAUUCCCCCCAAAACUUGAAGUCGGGGAGGCUGCGGCUACACAUUCCACAAAGUGCUGGCACUUACCCCAUAACCCGGAAGGCUGCUGACCGACAUUGAGGGUGGUGACCUCCCUUUAUCAAAUGGUGUCAUGGUUUGGAAUGUUCACUAUCGCCCGAGGACCUGGUUAGAGGCAUAAAGACCUUUUUUCACUGUUACCUAAAUUUUUUUUCAUCUUACGAUUUUUUGGGUUUUUUUUUUUUUGGUGUGUUGUACAGCAGUAUAAUUUUUCACUUAUUUAUUCCAUCAGUAGAUAUGGUUUGUACAAUGUACAAUGGUUCCAUUUCAGAAAAUAAAAAAAAGUUCAAAUCAUGA